AUGCUUACACCCAAGUUAUCCCUGCUCCUGGCAGCAACGUUCAGUCAUGCAAAACAAGCUAGAAACUACAUUCUCCCCAAUCUUCUCAACCAUUCAGUGCCCCUCGACACUACUGUCGGCAAUGAAUCAUACGAUCGACCUUUUAUCACCUCUCACAACUUGACGACCUACGAGUGGUGGUAUUUCGAUGCUGUCGCAGCUGAUGGUCAGUCUUCCGUCGUGAUUUCAUCCCUUAUCUCCCCCACCGUCUCUGGUCAAGGUACACAACUUCUUGUACAAGUCAUACAGUUACUUGGCAAAAGUAUCCGAUCAAUUUUACAGUAUCUGAUCGACUUUUUGAUCGGAUACUUUUGCCACCUAACUGUAUCCCCUCAAGGUGCACUUUUCGACAAGGUAAUAGAUUAUGGUCCAUCUGGCGCUUUAUAUGUUUCAGCUCUAGGAGAUGGAUCAAGCGGAGUAAUAGGUGACGGUGACUUCACGUGGAUCGGUAAAGCAGACCUGAGUGAAUACACGCUCUCUCUCGACCUUCCGGAGCAUAAUAUCAGCGGGACUGUCACCCUUAUCUCGGCUGCCAAACCAUUUGUCGGAUGCGAUUCAUUCGGUGCUGCCGCGACUACGGAUGUGUUCUGGUGGUUCAAUUGGAUCAACUUGAUGGGCGACGCUGUUGCUGUGGUUGACCUGAAAGUGGGUGAUCAAAGAAUAGCCUUUACAGGAAACGGAUAUCAUGACAAGAACUGGGGACCUGUGCCGUAUGCUCCUCAUGUCGGACAUUGGUAUUGGGGUCAUGGUAGAGCUGGAGACUACAGCGUCGUUUGGUCCCGUGUGGUGACGACUGACAAUCUCACCAAAGCCGGCGGAUGGAUUACUAGGGGCGACGAAAUCUUGUAUUCUGGGUGCGUCGAAGACGACUCCAUUACUGUUCAACCUUUCGGCGACAACGUCACCAUACCUCCCAAUCGUCCCAACGACACCCAAAAUAUCGAAGGAUUUCACAUCACCGUUGAUGGAGGGGAAAAUAAUCGAUUUGCUUUCACCUUUGACCAGAACGCUUACACCAAUGAGAAACAAGGAUUUUACGCUAGAUGGAUUGGUCAAUUCUUUGGGGGUAAAAUUGGCGAAGAGCCAUGUUCUGGGGUAGCGGUCACUGAGCAGAUGGGUCCAUUUCUAUCUAGAGUCUGA